GGGAUGCGUGAGGAGCUGGGAUGUCUAGCCAGCACCGCUGCAACGUUACCCUGAAAACAACGCACAUGGAAUGCACGGGCACAAUGAAAGCAGGUUACUUUGUAUUUUAAGAAAGUGCAUAAACGAUAAAAGAGAAGGCUGAACAGGACGCAAGUGACAGCGUUACAGAAGAUUUGUUCCUAUAGAGCAAAUUCACAGGGGCAAGUAUGUAUCGCGCGUUCUCCUUCCCAAUGACAGCGGAGCGCAGCCGGAAUAAGGAGCGCCUGGAAGCGAGUCUGGCCGGGCUGUGUGAACUGGAGCUGCUUAAACAGAGGCAGGAAUGUCUGGUCCUCAACGCGUUGUCCCUCACGGACAUUACCCCGGGACAUGCGUCUUGGGGUGACCUCCAGCCACCCCGGUCAGCCCCCCCGGCCCCUACCAGAGCACAAGACGACUUGACUUUGAGACGUCAGCUGAACAGUCUGCAGUGUAACUCCUGGGGCCUGAUGGCAGCACUGGAGCAGCAGGUGGGAGAGCUGAGGGUGAAUGGGGAGCCCGUUUGCACCGAGCAGCCCGCUGAUGUCGGGGACAGCCGGCCCAGCUCAGGGUUUUAUGAGCUGAGCGAGGGCCAGUCUCCGGCAGGCCAGUCUGACUCCUCCAUGUUUGGGGAGAUCUCCCCCAGCUGCGCUCGAGUGAUGCGUGCAGCCUACGCUAGCGAGAGACCCAAGUCUGUGGGAGACAUCUUUGUGGCAAAUCGGGAAGGGCUUUUGGACUCUUGCCCCCGCUCCUUGGUGCCACGCUCCUUCUCUGCACCCUACCCGUCCCUAGAGGGUAUCGCAGAAGGGGCAGGAGAGGAGGAGCCCUGGCCCUGGGACCCCAGUGGUCCCUCUGGUGUCGAGGGGGAGCCUACAGUAGAGGACUACCAGCAGGCCCGACGUGUGCACGCUUACAUCCUCGGCCUAAUCCAGCGCCGCGCCCUGCCUCCCCGGCCCUGCAAGCCUCGUACCAGCCUGGGGCCAGAGUCCAGGGGCAUCGUCCGGCAGAGCAGUCUCUGCCGCAAAGAGCCACCCUUUAUUCCAGAGCACCGCAACGUUUCUCCAAAUCUGGAGGGCCCAGCCUGGGCCUGCCGCAGCCUGGACGAAGAGCACUACGGAGGCAUGGCCCUUCCCCCUGAAGAACACCUGCCAAUGAUGUACGCCCGGCCCAGACCAGCCGCCCUGGGGGGCAUGCGCUCGGCCUCCCUGGACUUUCCCUGUGGAGCUCAUGAGCCCAGCAGCAGCGAGGUAGAGUCAGCCCACUUUCACGCCUACCCGCUGACCCACUCCCCACCGUUGGAAGACCAGCUGGUGAGUGCGCAGUACAUCCCCGCCCAGCCCUGCCGUGCUCAAACGCGGGCGCCGACGCACCGCACCCCGGCUCCCCCAAAACCCAACAGGACCACUUGUUCCCCAGAGCGGGGUACCCCGAGAACCAGAUCCACACCGAAGAAGUGCCGCCUCAAUGAGGAACGCCCUGCCUCAAGGAAGCCGGGCAGGAGGGCCUGCCGCUCCCAGUCAGAGAACAGCCUGUUGGGCCAACGGGGAGUCCCCGAGCGCAAGUACAACACAGUGGAGAGGGACGGGGGGCGGGGGAGCCAAGCCAAGGCCAGGCGUCCCCAGCCGGGCAGUACUGGAUACCGACGGUGGCGCUCCACCCUGGAGCUCAGUCAGGAUGAGGCAGAGCUUCCAGCUGACCAGGCCGUCCGUCGGUCCCGCAAGCCGAGGCCUUCUCCUUCAUAUGCCUUUCCCCAUGGGCCGCCUCACGUGCACCACCAUGUAGAGUACGUGGAGCGUGCCCCGCUGUGUCGGCCGGAGGAUGGCUACAGGAUUCCCGCUCCGGGGGAGUCUGAGUCAAGCCUGAGCGAGGCUGACUCCCCGGGCUCCAGCUCCCUCUCCAGUGACUCCGACGAGAGCGGAGGCCUGGUGUGGCCGCAGCAGCUGCCGCCCCAGCUGGCCCCGCCCUCUCCCCCGUCCCCGCCCGGCGCCCCCAUGCAGCCAAAAGCCUUUGUCAAGAUCAAGGCCUCUCAUGCUCUCAAGAAGAAGAUCCUGCGGUUUCGCACGGGUUCCCUCAAAGUCAUGACCACAGUCUGAGACAAACUCCCGCCGCUGAGGUCGCUGCCCUGUCUGUCAGUCACCGCUUGCGCCUCCCGUGUCCAUAGUCGCACUUCUCACUCUU